UUAUCUUCUCAGUCCUGUAACUUUUUUUCUUCCGAGCUUUUAUAGUUUUUCAGGAAAACUUGUUCAUGAGUUCGCAACUUGAUGCAUAAACAGAAGAAAGAAUAUUUGCGAAGAGGCUCUCUCUCUCUCUCUCUCUCUCUCUCUCGAUCAUCCAUGGAAGCCACAGAGUCGCUAGUAAGUACAACGACCGCGAAACUUAAGCUAGCGGCUCUUCAAUGGCUCGAGGGUUUCAAGGAGGCUUGUUGUCUUCAUCGCGUUGUAAUUCUCUGCUUCAGGUCUAGAAAGCUUUUGGUGCGAACCGGGCAGUGCUUUCUCUUAAAUGGUUUUAUUUUCUUAGGAAGUUUAUCCAUCCUGAACUCAGUUGUCAUCCCGACAUUGCAGUGGAUAUUACCUGAUCGAUGCUCGCAAUUUGGUUCUCAUAAACUGUGCAACUUUGGUGGCACUUUGAAAUUUUAUUCCUUCUUGCGUCUUGGACUCAUUCAUUUCUUUUAUGUCUUUUGGUUUUACCCGUUAUAUGUGUUCAGCAUAGUUUUAAGCGCCAUCUGGUACAAUGACAUUGCCAAGUAUGGGUAUGAUGCAGUGGGUAGAUCCAAGUCUACCGUAGAGGAAAGCUCAAGCCACACUAAAUCAUCAGAGAAAGCAAAUUCUUCUAACACAAAAAGGCUUUCUGGUUUGGGAGGGGUCAUCAUUGGGGCUGGAGAGCAGGUCUAUUCAAUACUCCUUUUGAGUGUAUUCUUCCUCAAGGUCUAUGCUACAGGAUUCAUACCUCUUAUAGGGAAGGUGCUCAAUUUUUUACUUCUUUCCUGGCUGUAUGCAUAUUACUGCUUCGAGUAUAAAUGGAGUUUUAAUGAAGUGGCUUUGGACAAAAGGCUGGACUAUUUUCAGUCCUCCUGGGCAUUUUUUUCUGGUUUUGGAAGCCCCUGUGUCUUUGCUAUAUUUUUUUUCUCGCCUCUUGUCAGUUAUGGGAUUAUGGCUAUUCUCUUUCCUCUGUUUGUUUUAACUGCAGCUGGGUCCAAGGUUGAUCAAGAAAUAUUGUUGGAAAAAAGCAAAUGGAGAGGCGUAAGAGUGGGCCGGCUUCCAAUAUUUUAUAUCUCAGAUAAACUGUUGAUAUGGAUGCUAUCUCGUCUCCCCUUUGGGAAAAAAGACCGGACAAGAGACAACAAAGCUCGAUGAUAUGGUAGGAACACCAUGAUUUUGUCCAAAAGGUAAAUACUUUAUGACAAGUGGAAGGGUGACUGUUAUAUUUAUUUAUGCAGCUUCAAAAAGUUUUAUUUAUCUUUUGUUUAAUGAGAAGAACUAUCCUUCUCUGUACAUAUUCGUUGUAAUUAAGGUUUAUUUUUGUUACUCCAUUAACAAUGCUGAGAUAGGGUGGGCCCCUCGUGCUGAUGUGCACGCAUCGACUCUGGCUGCCUUCUUUUUUAUCUUGCAGAUAGGCAAAUUACUAUGCAAUGUAGGAGUUUUUGUGUUUGUGUAUAUCAAAAGAAGUCUUGCAUUGCUCAAA